UAUUUGAGUAUCCAUGACUCAGACGCAGAGCGCCGCCUCUCCGCCGAAAACACCACGCAACAAGCGCAACGACGAGGGCAUGCCACUUUCUCGGACCAACCCUGUAAUAGAAGCCACCAUGAUGCUUGUUCCCAUUGCCAACCUUGCCGCUGCCGCUGUGACGGCCGUGCUGGCCGCAUCCUCGGGGCGUAAUAUGCUGCAAACCUGGAGUUUGUCACGACAGCAUGCCAAUGGUAGCCUCCCCGCAACAGAAAUAAUGAUCGAUGCGUCGGAUUCGACCAACGAGGUCGUGUCCAAAAUCCAAUCCAUGAAACGCAAAGAACUCCUCGAGCUCUACAUGUCAUCGCGGGGGCCUCAAGAUUUGUCGGAAAUUGCGGGAGAAUGGAAUGGACAUCUGUUGGAUAAUGAUAGUUGGAUCAUGACGGCUGUGACGGGAUUAUUGUCGAAUCGAAUGUUUGGAAUGGGACGAAAAUGGAAUGGAAAACAGUUUGGAAAGGAAAAUGAUCCACAGCUGGGAAUCAAUCGGUUUCAUCCUCGCAACGCUAAUACUAAGCAACAAGCAGAACAAUCCACUAUCACUCCAACCGAACAUACCUUUGACAUGAUCCUUCGACCGUCCAAAUUGGGCGCGCGGGACAUGUCGCUCGUAUUGGACUAUACCAAGUACCAAUUCCCAUUGUCACUCUGGAGGACCAUGAUGGAUGAAGUACGCAUUGUUCCGCUAGACAACGGAGAACCACGGGUAUUGAUUGGACUGGGAUACAUGGCCUGGUCUGGUGGACGAAUGAACUCGUCACCCUUUGUACUGUAUCGAGCCGUAGAGGAUGCAAGAGAUCAAGUGUAGCUAGCAACACCGCAUUGGCGGCCAACGCAACAAACGUGUACGGUAAAACUCUUUCAAGUGCUUCUCUCGCUCAGGGUACCAUACCGGCGAGUCAGGGUUGCUUCGAGCGCGUUGGUGGCAGAACUUUUCGGUUCUGUAUAGUAUGGGCUUCAACGAUUUGCACCAGGGCAAUGAGUGAACAUGGCACUACAGUACAACAAUGACAUGAAGAGUAAUGGAGGGCUACAUGGUGUUUUCAAGCAACUUACUUUGUUGGUGUGAUAUGAAACUACUAAUUAUGAGUGUUGUUUGAUAGUGGGG